CUCAGAUUCCUCUGGGUUCUUUUAGGAAAAGUCUUAACUAACCUCUCCUUUUAAGUUUCUCAACACAUUCUUUGCCGAUAUAACAUUUCGAGAGACAAUAUGGAGAGAAAUGAAGUAAGGGAAGGGCCUAUAGCUAUUGCAGUGGACAGAGAUAAAACAAGCAUCCAAGCUCUUAAAUGGGCUAUAGAGAAUCAUAUACCCCAAGGAGAAACAUUAAAACUUGUUCAUGUCAUCCAAAGAUCUGCAAAUGGACCUAAUACAGAUGAUGAAUUGUCUGAAAGAGAGCACAAAAAUAGACAAAUCACUCGGUUUCUUCCAUUGCGUUGUCUUUGUAUGCGACGAAAUAUACAAACCGAAGUAGUUUUGCUUGAUGAUCAAGAUGUGGCGAAAGCAUUGAUAGAAUAUAUUAGCCAUAACUUUAUUUCUACAUUCUUCAUAGGUGCCUCUUUGAAGAAGAGCAUUACAAGGCUGUUCAAGGUUGAUGACAUUCCAAGUAAUGUGAUGAGAUGGGCUCCAGAUUUCUGCACUGUUUUAGUAGUAUCAAAGGGAAGACUAUCAAGUGUACGUUCAGCCACUAGGCCAUUACCUCUAGCAUUGCCAUCUCCUUCUUCAGGGACUGCACCACUGUCACCACUCAGCAACACCGACGAGCUUCCCUCUGAGAUGUCAUUGUCAAGAGAAGACGACGUUUUCUUUGAGGAGUUCUCAUCACUUGAGACAGAUUCUAGUGUGAACAUUAGUGAGAGGAUCAGUACAGAUAGUUCUGUUCUAUCCUUCUAUAAGAAACUUGGAGCUCCACACAUGUUGGAGAUUCCAGGUCUGGAUGAUGAGAAAUCGAUGUUUUCGAUGUAUCUUAAUAGUCCUUCUGAUGAAAAGAACUGUACGUUACCACCAAGGGAUGACGGCGAGGAUGAGAAGAGAAGGUUGAAGAAAGAGCUGAAGGAGACGAUGAACAUGUACCAUGCGGCUUGCAAAGAAGCCCUUAUGGCAAAUGAGAGAGUAGCUGAGCUGGAAAUAUGGAAAAAGAAAGCAGAGAAAAUGCUUCUUCAAAUGGCUGAAGAUAGAGCAGCAACAAUGGCCAUCAGAGAGCAGAGAGCAAAGGCAGAGAUGGAGGCGGUGAGAAGGAGAGGGAGUGAUGACAGAAAGAUUGUUUCGGAUGAUCUUGGAGAGUCUCAUGUAGUGGCUAAAUAUGAGAGCUUGCUCCAUAUUGUAGUUGUUCUUUUACUCUUAUGUUUUUGUUUCAUAUUCAGAUAG